ACUGUUCUUCUGAGGCCCUCAGAGUGGCGCUCGCGGAAGAAUCUCUGCAAUAAUCCACUUGUGUUCAGUCAGAAGAACCAUGUGGAACUGAACUGACUCAUAAUUCAUCUGAACGUUAAUCCUAGUCUGGCUUCUAACAWGAACUACUUCCUGUUUGUCUCCCACCCAUAGGAUGGAGGUUAAGGAGCCCCCUGCUGCUCCACACAGGAAACACUCCGAGGUGAGGGGGCCGCCCCUCCUCACACAGCUGGCACAGAGCCAGCAGACCUCAGGGGACAGCGACACAGAUCUGUCUGAGUCUGAGAGGGGCCCAGAGCCCCCCUCCUGUGGGGUCCCUCCACAGCUGGAGCUCAGCCCAGAGGUCAUCGAGGAUGAGGAGUMCCUUCCUCACAGAGUCAGAGGGCGGGGCCAAGGCGGCUUUGUCUUUCCAGACUUUCUCCCUCCUCCUUUCAACUCGUGGAACCUGAGCCAGCUGGCUGUUUUCUACAACACGGAGGGCAGGGCGGCCCCCCGGCCCCCCUCCAGCAGCCUUCUGCAGCAGUACCUGCAGAAGCUGCUGCAGCUGGAGGGGCUGCAGCUGCAGAGCGUCCAGGAGGAGCGUGGGAGGCUGCAGGUGGCGUCCAGCUGUCAGCGGUCAGCCGCURCAGCCGCAGCACGCCUCAGCUCUCCAAAGUGCAUCCUGCAGUGUCAGCGGGCCUUCUCCUGCACCUUCCUGUCCCCUCACACCACCCUGCUCUCCGGCUGUGCCUUUAGCCCCCGCUCCAUCCCCAGAGCCGUGUGCUGUCCUGAGUCCAGGCCGAGCCCCCCACAGCACAGCAGAGGGGUCCUGCCAGUCCCCAAACGCAGCUACAGCGAGAGCAGAGUGCAGAGCUCGGACCGUGUCCCGGGUCCUCAGAGGUUCUGCAGUGCGUCCAGGACCAGCAGCUACCUCAGGAGGAUGCAGGCCUCAGGAAACAUUCGUAACCCUGACCAGGGUGCUGCAGGAGGUUCUGCUCACAGGUCCAGGGACCACCCUGAGGAGGGACGUGUGCUGGACUGCAGGAAGAGGAGUGGCUCUGAGCAGAGGACCGGCAGAACCAAGAGACCACAGAACCCGUCAGGAAACAGACAAAGCCGCUCUGAGUGUAGAAAAGGACGAGCGGAGCGCCGGCGAGCUGCUGACUGUAAAAACARACAGAUGAAAGGCGACGCCGUCCCCCAAACCCUGAUCAGGUUUCCUUGUUCCAGAUGUUGUCAGAUCAGAGGACCGAGCAGGUCCAGAGCUGCUGAGCUGGUUCUGGAGCAGCAGGUCUAGAGUCGUCUCCCACACAGCUUGAAUUCUGUCAUAUCUGUCCUGUCAGCAUGUGAAUGGAUCUGAGUGGUCCCAGUCAGAACCUGUAAGUCUUAACUCAGUCUUUAGUCUCACCUCCUGCAGGGGAGCUGGGGUCGGUUGUUUUCGUACGCCUUUUUUUUUCAGUGAUUUUUGGUGAACCGUAGCACAAAAACAGCUAGACCUAUUAAAAUGAAACAUGGCAGGAC